AGGAAACGUCAAAAGUCGGGCAGUCCGCAGCUCUGGCUGCUACAGCUUGAGGCGAGCUGAGUCCAGAGGAAUCCUGUGCUGCUUCUGAUAUCCUCACUGCUGUCACCACUAUCGGCGUGAACAAGUGAAGUUUGAACCGGCUUCUCCAUGGCCCGGGGACCGGUUCCCGGCUGAGCCAUUUUCUUUGUGACUAAAAAAAGCCCCCGCCCAGAGACCGAUUCGUCGCGGCGGCGGUGGGGAUCGCAGGUCGUUCAGGCUUGCAGAUGGGUCAGGGGCUGUGGAGAGUGGCCAGAAACCAGCAGCUACAGCACGAAGGUUACAGUGAGCAAGGCUACCUCAGCAGAGAGCAGAGCAGGAGGAUGGCUGCCAGCAGCAUUUCUAACACCAGUCAUCGGAAACAGGUCCAAGGAGGCAUCGAUAUAUAUCACCUCUUGAAGGCACGGAAAUCUAAAGAACAGGAAGGAUUCAUUAAUUUGGAAAUGUUGCCCCCCGAGCUAAGCUUUACCAUCUUGUCCUACCUGAAUGCGACUGACCUCUGCUUAGCUUCAUGUGUUUGGCAGGACCUUGCAAAUGAUGAACUUCUCUGGCAAGGGUUGUGUAAAUCCACAUGGGGUCACUGUUCCAUAUAUAAUAAGAACCCACCUCUAGGAUUUUCUUUCAGAAAAUUGUAUAUGCAGUUGGAUGAAGGCAGCCUCACCUUUAAUGCCAACCCAGAGGAGGGAGUGAACUACUUUAUGUCCAAGGGUAUCCUAGAUGAUUCACCAAAGGAAAUAGCAAAGUUUAUCUUCUGUACAAGAACACUAAAUUGGAAAAAACUGAGAAUCUAUCUUGAUGAAAGGAGAGAUGUCUUGGAUGACCUUGUAACAUUGCAUAAUUUUAGAAAUCAAUUCUUGCCCAAUGCACUGAGAGAAUUUUUUCGUCAUAUCCAUGCCCCCGAAGAGCGUGGGGAGUACCUUGAAACUCUCAUAACAAAGUUCUCACAUAGAUUCUGUGCUUGCAACCCCGAUUUAAUGCGAGAACUUGGCCUUAGUCCUGAUGCUGUCUAUGUACUGUGCUACUCUUUGAUUCUACUUUCCAUUGACCUCACUAGCCCUCACGUGAAGAAUAAGAUGUCAAAAAGAGAAUUUAUUCGAAAUACCCGUCGUGCUGCUCAAAACAUUAGUGAAGAUUUUGUAGGGCAUCUUUAUGACAACAUCUACCUUAUUGGCCACGUGGCUGCAUAAAAGCACAAUUGCUAGGACUUCCACUAUUAACUUCAAACUAAAGUUACCCAAGGACUUAUUUAGCAGUUAUGGGGGUUACAUUAGUGCUGGUCAUCCUGGCCUCUGUAUUACAAUCAAGCUUGAGUAUACACCUUUUUUUUUUUUCCUUUUACUCUUUUCUUUUUUAGUAAUUUCCUUGGGGAGCUAAAGGAUUUUGCAGAAUUUUUCUUAAUUUUGCUUAUCAUGUUUUGCACAAAGCAGAGCCAUUGUCUGACACAGCUGUUUAAGAAUGUUAAACUGACAUUAUACUCUAAGGGAUGGUAUAUUUGUGCAUUAGAUUUGCUUGAAAAACUAUUCGUUUUCAUUCUUUUUAAAAAUGCCAUGUAAUGUGUACAUAUUUAAUGAAAGAGAUUUAUAAUCAUAAUUAUUUUAUUGUAAAGAUUUUAACUAAAGCCUUUCCUUUUCUCUCAAA